AUGAAUUAUAAUAUCCAUCCUAUAUCAUAUUUGAACGCCGACAGUUAUAACUCCACGGCCCAAUCAGGUUCCGAACCUCAUGUAGACUCCGUUGCAGCUUCUGUCAGUGAGGAUUCCAAGUCCGGUAGCCCUAAGGGUAAUAACAACAAUAAUAAUGCUAAUAAUGCUCACAUUACAAGUAUCUCCACUUCUUCUACAACUUCAUCGUCGUAUGAGUUUGAAGACACUCACAGUCCUACCAACUCACUGAGCAACCUCAACACCAACUCCCCUCAAUCCUCGUUUACUUCGCAAUCUUCUGGGAACUCUCCUUUGCUUAUGGACAAGGAUUAUGAGAAUGGUCAAGCAAAUCUCCACAAUAACGGCGAUCAUCACCACCACCACCACCACCACCACCUGCAAACGCAGCUGGGCGUUUCACCAAUUUUGAACCCAAUAACUGCUUCUCAAGGGUUUCAACGGCAACAACAAGAACACCAACAAGGUGUCCAGAACGUACAAUAUUCCUUUCCCCACGGCAAUAACAAGAGCAGUAAUUCUGCAGCUGCUAACCCUUUCAGUGUUCCUUUGUUCAACCCUAUUGCGGCCUCACAAAGUCACAACUUGUUUUCAGGUAACCAUUUUGACGAAUUGUUGUACAACAACUACAACAAGCCAGCUCCACAAGGUCAAGUAAACCUUCACAAUCAUGUUUCAAAGCAAGUUGAUCUUAGCAGUGAAAUUCCUAUUCCAACCAGCAACAACAACAACAAUAUUAACAAUAUACCCGAAAGUGCCGGCGAGAAUCUUGGAACUUCACCACCAAAGAAGAAAAAGAUCUACAGAAAGGUCAAGGAUGAAGACAUGAAGGGUCCAUUCAAUUGUAGAUGGAAGUCUUGUACUGCUAUUUUUGAUGUACCUGAAGAUUUGUACGAUCAUUUGUGUAAUGAUCACGUUGGUCGUAAGUCUUCUAACAACUUACAAUUGACUUGUUACUGGGAUAAUUGCUUGACUUCUACUGUCAAGAGAGACCACAUAACUUCUCACUUAAGAGUGCACAUUCCAUUGAAGCCUUUCCAUUGUGAAUUGUGUCCUAAGCUGUUCAAGAGACCUCAAGAUUUGAAGAAGCACAUGAAGAUCCACAAUGAAGAUCAUUUGAGAAACUUGAAGAAGAAUCAAAAGAAGUUGGCCAAGUUGGAACAACAGAAGAUGUCAAGACAUCAGCAAACCCCUCUUUAUACUCAACCUAUAAUUGGAAACAGUAUGGCAGCUCCUGGAAAGAGGAAGUUGGAUGGUAACAUGAGUAUGAUCUCAUCGAUUUUGACGGACUUCAACUUUGGUGAAAUGCAUCAAGAUACCAAUAAGAGAGCUAGAUUUGAUGGUGGUAGCUACAACAUUGAUAUGUUUAACAAGUUGAACUCAACAUAUGAUCAAACUUGUCACCAACAACAACCUCCACAACAACAACAGCAACAAGCUGCUCUUCAUAAUAUGUUCAACAACGUGCCACAAAUUAAUGAAACAGAAAGAUACUUUUACAAUUUGUCAAAUUCCAUUGACAAUCAAUACCAACAAUUACUUGAUGGUUCUGGUCAGUCAGCACAAUUAUACCCAACCACUUCACAAACUUAUGGCUCGCAUCCAUUGAAUGGGUUUGCUGCUCCAGUUGCUGGUCUUUCCAGUGGUUCAUCAGGUAUUUACUACCCACCUCAAAUUAACAGAGCCAACAACUAUGCACAAUCAUUCAAUCGUGUUUCCAACUACCAAAAGUCUGCUGAUAAACGAGACGAAGAAUAUGAAGAAGAAGACGAAGGAGAAGAGUCUUACUCUGAGGCUUCUACUGAAGACUUCUCCUCUGAAGAUGAUGAAGAAGUUGAUGAUGAUCAAUUGGCUGGCUUGCUUGGAGGUUUGUCACUCGAGCAAUCGUACGAUGUUAAUGAUGUUUUGAAGCACAAGCAAAUGGUUGAUGCUGUAUUACAAUACCUCAGUAAUAUAAAGCAGAAGAUGCUUGCAGAGGAAGAGGAAACUACUUUAUCAUCUAGCAAGUUGUAUCCUGAGAUUGCUGCAUUUUAA